UUCGCGGCUGUGCCACUACACAGCCCGCUAACCCGUUCAUCCUGAUCAUGCAGGUUUUUGCCCGCAUCAUCGCCGGCCUGCUCGUGCCUACCUUUUUGACAGCCUCGUCUGCCAGUUCGGGGAACUUCGUGCCUGCUACCAACGGAAGCGAACCUUGCGUUCGCCUCCUCCCUGUCGCCCAUGCUUCAGGACAUUCGGCAGCGCCCCCACCCCUGCUGUGGAUCAUCGAAAGCAAUCCAGCUGCCCUAUCGCCAUCGACAACAUCUUAUGCGCAGCCUAUAAAGCAGCAACCACCGUCCACCGCGCACUGUGGGCUUCGCGGCUGUGCCACUACACAGCCCGCUAACCCGUUCAUCCUGAUCAUGCAGGUUUUUGCCCGCAUCAUCGCCGGCCUGCUCGUACCUACCUUUUUGACAGCCUCGUCUGCCAGUUCUGGGAACUUCGUGCCUGCUACCAACGGAAGCGAACCUUGCGUUCGCCUCCUCCCUGUCGCCCAUGCUUCAGGACAUUCAGCAGCGCCCCCACCCCUGCUGUGGAUCAUCGAAAGCAAUCCAGCUGCCCUAUCGCCGUCGACAACAUCUUAUGCGCAGCCUAUAAAGCAGCAACCACCGUCCACUGCGCACUGUGGGCUUCGCGGCUGUGCCACUACACAGCCCGCUAACCCGUUCAUCCUGAUCAUGCAGGUUAGUAGUUCGUAUCAAGCACCUACUAAAAAAUCAAGUGAUUACUUUUUGGUGCAGCUGCCAAGCCCACAGUGCUGCCUUUUACUUAUUUCUGAAUGUAUCGAUGUCAUACGCGCCUUGCUACUGCUAUCGGGGGAUGUAGAGACAAACCCCGGCCCUGACAAAGUCGUCCUCGACGAACUGAGAAAGUUGUCUGCCGGCCAGGCCACACUAAUAUCUGAGAUGCAGAGCCUCAAAACCCAGCUAACAAGCACAACCAACACUAUCGCUAAUCUAAGCACCCGCCUCACAGACUUAGAAAAUCAUUGCCAAAAUCUUCUAGCUCUCCGAACAGAAGUAGACGCCCUUAACUCUAAGACCGGCCAACUAACCCAUCGUAUGUGUGACAUUGAAGAGCGCCUUGACGACCUCGAGAACCGCUCCCGACGCAACAACUUGAUAUUCUACGGUUUUCCUGACACCAACCCGAAGGAAACAUACGCUCAAUCGGAACAAAUAAUCAUUGACCACUGUCUUAAAAGCUUUGGUCUUACAGUCGUGACUAAAGACAUAGAGCGUGCGCAUCGUCUAGGACGUUACAGCACUAACCGGAAACGACCCAUUAUCGUUAAGCUUUCAUCUUUCAAAACUAAAGAAUCUAUCCUUUCGAACGGCCCAAAACUAAAAGGCACAAACCUCAGCAUUGGCGAAGACUUCACGCGUCCAGUUCGAACUGCACGGAAACAACUUGUUACCUUUGCUAGGAGCAAAUCCGUGCCAUUUUCAUUACGCUUCAAAACCCUGCACAUUGGAGGCCAGCGAUAUAUUUUUGACAGUGCGGCAGGAAUUGUCAGAGCCGUAUCGUAGGGAUCAUGUCGCCGUCAGCAAGCACGCCAUCAGCCCCGUACAA